AUGAGUGGCUUGUCAGAUAACCUAUUUUCAGGCCAGUCUGGGGCACCACUGGGCUGUGGUGGAAAUCAGACAGAGGAAAAAGGGUGCGUGGGAGAGCUGGAGGAGCUGGAAGGGCCUGAGCUCUGGACCAGGGAGCUCGGAUUCCAGGCGGAGUUCCAGGACCCUUCCAACAAUGGACUGGCCCCGGUGACCUCUGACCACUUUCCCGCCUUCCCAGCCUCUGCCCAGGCCAACGGCCUCCACCUAGAGAGAAGGCUGGGGCUCAGCACCUGUCAGCGGAGGCAGACGCAGACUCACACCACUGCUGAGACACACGCAUUUGCAGAGACAUUCAAAGACAUGCAGACGCAAAUAGACCCAGACAUGCAUGCACACAUGGAUAUUUGUGGACACAUGGAUGUCAAUGCACAUACGGGUUCUGUUGGGCCUGAGCACUCCAGAACUCUCACAACAGAGGCCAUACACACAAACUCACCUCAACCCCUGUCUUUGGCACUUGGCAAUCAUCCUGCCUCCACCAAUCAGCUGGCAGCCCCAGUCCUCAAGGCAGAGAAAGACAUUCCCUCAACCUUUUUCCCUAUCGGCCCAAACCAAACCCCCGGCUCCUCUCCUCUUCCUGUGGAGGCGGAGAAGAAGUAUGCACUCCGCAGCUCUGGACGUCCUCGCUUCCCCUGUCACCUGCGCAAAUCCUCCCGCCUCCGCCGAAGCAUGGAGGACGGGGAGAAGAGGGCAGUGAAGGAGAGGGGAGGAGAGGAGGAGUUGGAAGCAUCGGAGGAAAAGAUCUGGAGGGUUAAAGAAGAGGAGAUGGCUGUUAGCAAGAAGGAAGAGCAUUCGCCUGCUGUUCUUCGGGCAGCUGUCUUACCCGCAGCCCCCUGUCCUACAGAUAUCGCUCUCGCUCUAACUGUAGCCAAACCUGCUCCUAAAGCUGUACACAAACCUGGGCCCAGACUUGGCCAUAAACCUGGACCUAAAUCAAGGGUUAGGCCUGCACCGAAAUCUGUCCAAAAAGCAGCUCCGAAAAGUGUCAUGAAAAAGCGUCAGGCAGCACAGUCCAUUGCUCGUCGUGUCCCCCCUCACCUGCCGUUCAUGAACACAUCCACCAUUGCUGCGUCUCUGUUAGCUGUUAAGGAGGAACCUGUUGCACAGCUGGGGGUAUGUCCUCCUAAUAACCGGAAGAGUAAACGAUUUGUCGGCGUGAGAAAGAUUGUCGUCAAGGUGGCUCGCAUUCCCGUCAGCCUCAGCCGCCGACAGAAGAGCUACAAGAUUUCCAAUCUGGAGACAGUUACCGGAACAGAGAAAGGCAACGAUGGCAGUCUGGAGGGCUCGGAGGCGGUUCGAGAGCCCACCGCACUUCUCCGCAUGAAGAACAACGGGAAGAGUAUUAUGGUGAUGUUCCCUCCUGGAGAGCUGCCUGUUAUUCUCAAACGCAGGAGGGGUCGGCCGCCAAAACAGGCUCUGCCAGGAAUACCGGGAGAGCCUCCAAAUGCUGGCAGCACUAGUGGUAAUGGAGACCAGCCCAAAAAGCCCCGGAGGCGUCGUCGGACUAAACUCCCUUCUCCUUAUCCAUCUUAUGUUAAUGAUACUAAUGAUGUGAAAACAGAGUACGGGGAUGUUCUGUCCAAACUGGCUUUUUUAAACCGCCAGCCACCUGCCACUGGCCGUUGCUCUCCACCUCGAUGCUGGACACCCAGUGAGCCCGAGAGCUUUCACGUGCCCUUGGAAAACCCUGGAAUAUCCACCAUGCUCCACCGCCUCACCGGGUAUAGACGCCCGCGGGGGGGCAGAGGAGGGGGCGCUGGAAGAGGUGGCGGAGCAGCAGGGGGUAUCGGGGGCAGUGAGCACAAUAAGAACACCUUCAGUGACUUCUUUGAGUCCAUCGGUAAAAAUCGGAAACUGAGCCCCAUGUCCGAGCAUGGAUUACCAAGGAAAAGGGGGAAGGGUAGGGGAGGGGGUGUGGUAGGAACUGAGCCCGGCGUGGAGAAAGUGGUCAAGAAGAAACGGGUGAGGAAAAAUGGCGCAUGUAAAGGGGAGGGGGUGUACAUGGGGCAGGAGUGGCCCAAUGGGACAGGUGGCUGGGGGGAGGACGGAUGUCUGGAGAAGGAGAAAGGUCUGGAUGGGUUUCAGCUCUGUGGAUCACCGAGGGGGGGCUUUUCAUCCUGUGAGGUCGGAAGGGGGGGUGCCUACAGCAGUCCGGGGGGAAGCAGAGGUGUUGGCCCAGCGGGAGAGGACUCACAAAGCCUGUUCGCUGGAUAUUUCCGCUCGCUGCUGGACUCGGACGAUUCAUCCGACCUGCUGGACAUUUCCUCGCAGUCAAACGCCCGCAAAGCUUCCUCCGCCCCGGGUUACGAGCCGUCCAGCCCAGCUCCCGGUCACAGCUGGGCCCCGGCGUUUUCCAAGUGGUGUUCCAAGGGUGGCACUUCUGGGGCGGAGGGUUCAGCGCAAACACAUUGCUCCUCAGCCAGGCCUCCGUACAGCUACAGCAACCUGGCCCAAACAUCUCCCACCACUUCUACCUAUCCCAAAUCCACCCCUCCAUCUCUCUCGCACUCUCCUAGCUCCCCACAUCCUGCCUCUUAUGGGCACUAUUCCUCUGGCUACUCCUCCUCCUCUCCUGCAGUGUCACAGCGAUCCUCAGACUGCAGCUUCGCUUACGGGUCCGGACACAGCAGCGGCAAGCCAACGCCUGUCGGCCAGAUUGGCUAUUCCAGCUACCAGGCAGCAGCCAAGAGGGGGUUUUGUGGAUAUCCUGCAGCAGGUCAUUCCUCCAUGGUGCGGGGGGAGACCACAGGACCAACAUCACCUGGAGGAGGGUACAUGUCCGUGGCCAGAGGCAGCCCCUUUAGCUCCUCCCAACAGUACAGCUCCAAUCAAUGGAGCUACAGACAAGGUUACGGCGGCUGGUCAACAGACGGCUUCGGGCCUCAGUAUCACGGCUACGGUGAAUAUGGCUCCAAUGAGUCCAAAGACAUCCUGGACAUCUCCAACUACACCCCCCAGAAGGCCAAGCGACAACCUUUUCCUGAAAGCCUGUCAGAAUCCUCCUCUGACUCUUUGCAUCUUGGAUCUGCAGCCACCGGUAUCGCACCGAGCCCUGCAGGCGGCACGUUCAAACUGGCUGAGGCCGUCUCUGUCAGCGGAGAAGGCGCUCAGUCGAGUCUGUCCAGCCUGGAGAAGCUGAUGAUGGAUUGGCACGAGGGCGCUUCGGGGUCCUCGUAUAACUGGAGCCAGAACGUCCUCUUUCAGGGAAGCGGAACCAUCAAACCUGGCCGCGGCCGCAGGAAACGGACUGAGCCACAAUCAGAGAAAGAUGGUGUUUCUACGUUACACUCGGAUUCCCAAUCCAGUCCCUCGCCAACGCCAAUUCCUGGACCUAAGCGAGGAGGCGUAGGUGGGCGGGGCAGAGGGUCCAGAGGUGGUAGGGGGAGGCUGUCUCCGUGUCAGAGGGAGCGGCCUAAAGGCAGGGGCAAGGCUUCCUCUACGUGUGGAUCAGGAGGAGUAGUGUCUGCUGGAGGCACAGAGGGGUCUGGGCUGUUCCAGGAGGUGCUGGAUUAUUACAGCGGUGACAGUAGCAGCCUCUCUCCCCUGGCCACUCCCAAUCCCGCACCCCCAUCCAGCUACCUCCCGGACCCCUGUGAGUACCCCUCCCCUUAUUCGGCUCACCCCUCCACACCUUCCUCUGAGGAGAGAUAUCCGGCCUUAUACCCUGGAGAGUCCUCCUCCUCUCUCUCACCCGGUGUCUCGUCUCCCCCUUACCCUCCCAAGCCCACCCCUCCUCCUACCCAGUCUUACCACCCGGUCCCAUCCAGGACCUUCUCCCCCUCCUGCUCCCCCUCACCACGGGUAACCUCCCACUGCAGCACUGCACUGAGUCCUCCUCAUCGCCCGGCUCCGAAAGACCCACAGUUCUCCCAGUACGACUCCCCGAGCUACUGCAGCUCCCCCUAUUGGUACGGACAGACGUCGCACAGCGGGAGCCCGAGCCCACACUCGCACGGCACACACUCGAACACAGCUGUGCACGCACACAGCAACCCGCAUACAAGUCCUCACGGAAACGCACACGGCAAUCCACUCGCCAGCCCGAGCGCAAACACACACACUCACAUCAUCCAGACGCCCCACGACACGCACCAUCACAACACCCAGCCGCACGCAAACCUGAGCUCGCACGCCAGCACCCAUCCCGCCUCCCACCUCCAGAGCAGCCCCCUCUCUCACUCCAACCCACACAGCAACAAUCAGCCCCACCACAACGCACACACCAACCCCAGCACUCACCUCCCGUCCCACACACACUCCAGCCCCAGCCCCAGCCUACUCUCCCACUCCACACCCCUGCUUUACGAAGAGCGCAGCCCCCCCUCCACUAUGAGCGCCCACAAGCGGGAUCUGACCCCCCACCCCCUGAGCACAGGCCACCGCCAAGGCCCCCUGCCUCACUCCUCAUACCUCAAAGCUCCCCUGGACUCCUCGCACCAUCAGGAGGACAUUAGUGGCUUCUCCCUGUCCCACCAGUCCUACCAGGGCAUGGGACACCGGUACCCCUCCCAGGUGGCACAGGGAGGGGGGGUGUUGUGCCAGCUCUUGGACCCAGCCAAUGAUGAAAGCUUCAGCGUCACCAGCCUGUAA